AUGGACGCUUCCGCCCUUCUCGCCAAGCAGGGCUGGCGCGGCCACGGCCACGGUCUCGGAAGCACCGGCCACGGCAUCGCACGCCCGCUGCUCGUCUCCAACAAGCAGGACGCCCUCGGCGUCGGCAAGAAGAAGCUCCAGGUCGCGGACCAGUGGUGGAUGCGCGCAUAUGACACGGGUCUGAAAGAGCUGGGCACCGGCAAGCAGACCGCGCUCGCCUCCAUCAGACAAAACGGCGUCAACAAAGGCGGCCUAUACGGAUUCUUCGUGAGAGGCGAGGGCCUGGCCGGCACUCUCUCCGACAACAACCUGCCCUCAGAGCCGCUGUCCAGCAGCACUUCCUCACCCUCCGACACCUCCACGCCCGCAACCACCCCCGACGCCGAAUCGACGCCCGAGCCGAAGAAGCGCAAGCGGGCUGAUGGCGAAGAAGGAAAGCGGAAGAGGACGAAAGAGGGCAGUGUCGCACAAAGCAAGGGCAAGGACAAGAAAAAGGACCGCCGUUCGAAACUGGACUCUGCCGCCACGGAGGAUCCCAAGCUGCUGCGCCGGGCUGCAAAGAAGGCGCUGAGGCAGAAAAGGGCUCUGAGGGAGUCCGGUAGUAAACAGGCUGGCAGCGACGGCGAGGACAAGGCGCAGAAGAGAGGGCCGGCUACUCCCGCGGGCGAGACCACAGCGUCCAACACAGGAGAGGAGAAGCGAUCAAGAGAAGGCAAGGGUACGGAUGCUCCCAGGGAGGCUGGGAAAGCCAGCUCGGAGAAGAAGCUGAAGAAGUACGCCGCGAAGGCCGCGGAGAAGGGCAUGACGGUUGAGGCAUUUCUGGCCAAAAAGGAGCGCAAGAAGGAAAAGGCCAAGAAAUGA